AUGUCGGACCAAACGCACGUAGUUGUUGGCCUUUCCCUGGGGCCUGAUAACUAUGAGUCUUACAUAAAAGAGAUUCUGUGCUUGCAGUACAACCGUGAAGUCACUGAAGUUGUGCCUCUCCGCCAUAAUAAUGCCAGAGUCUACAGAAUCAGUCUAAACAAAGCGCAACAAGCUCUGACGCCAUUCAAUAAACGCUUCGGUGCCUGUCCCCUGCCCCCCUGUGCUACAAAGAUCAUCAUGCGCUUCUCCGAUCCAGCGUCGAUGUUGAACGAGGAGAUCCGCGUGCAGAACGAAGUCGCGGUAAUGUCUCUUGCAAGAGAGGCUUUGAAGCACCAUGAUCCUUCCCUCGUACCCGAAGUCUAUGGCUGGCGCCCCUUUUCCGAAGGGGUUGGAUGGACUCUCAUCGAAUUCAAACAAGGUGUUCCUCUAGGCGAUAAGUUCCCCACGCUUGACAGCGAGAAAAAGAGAGAUCUGUUGCGACAAAUUGCCCAAGUCUUCAAGCAUUUUCAGAAAUACAAGCCACCUGAGUUUUCCAGAACCUUCGGUGGCCUCAACUUUGGCCCUGAUGGAAGCUUGAUUGGUGGUCCCACACCUAUUGCAGGUGGCGGACCCUGCACGACACUGUCUGAUCUCUACCAAGAGUACUUCAAGACUCAGAUUGGGUUUGCCGAUAAGUGUGACGUUGUCCGGGGUUGGAGAGACUCAGAUCUGAGAACCCGAUUGCAUCAGUUUGGCGCCAACGGUCUGACAUCUCUUGUUAGCAGAGUGGAAGCACGACCUACCUUGGUUCAUGGUGAUUUUGACGGAAACAAUAUCUUAUUCGACGAGGCCACAAACAAACUGACUGCUUUGCUGGACUACGACUUUGGCCACAUUGGCUCACAGGCAGAUGAAUACUUCUACUCAUUCCAUAGUAUCCACGGACUUAUGAUUCCCCCUUUCACUGGAGAUCCGGAAGAAGAACACCUUCGAGACUGUCUUCUGACCGGUUUCACCCAAGAGGACGUGCAGCGAAAAUCAGAAUCCAUUGACUGGAUGACCGCCACCAUGAGAGACGAAGAAUUUACCCAAGCUGGCGUGGAGCCACCGUCUGACAUCCAAGGCAUCGAUUAUCUUUCUGCUGUGUAUUGGUUCAUUCAAAACAUCAGCCCUCCCAUGUUCUUCCUCGAACGAUGGAGGGCCAAGGCUACCCCUGAACGCAUUGAAAUGAUCAAGCGAGAGGCCCGAAAUAACCUGGAGAAGAACCUUGAUCUAUGGGGAUAUUGA